AUGCACGUCUCUGCAGGAAUGGACACCUUCUAUAUGAAAGCCAAGCAAGGCUCUACCAUACACACGGCCUUCAUGGGCAGCGUGCAGUACCGGCUUCUCAACUUCCUAUACGAAUUCUACAACCCGGUGCUGCAUGAUAUAACUGGCGUUUUUGAGUCACGACGUGUCGACACUUAUACGAAUGAAGAGACAGACUGUCUGGCGGUGGUUUGUAUGCAACUAAACCCUGCCUCGCCAACACAAGAAGAGCGAUCAAUAAAGUCGUCCUUCGAAGCAAAACGCGAAAAGUUCAUGGCAGACCUUGACCCAGACACAAAUGGCAAAUGCAUCGAAUGUGUCAAUCAAAUUCAGGAUCAUACUGGGUUUUUCCCCAGUGGCUAUUUGCACCUGUUUGCCAUGGAAAAGCCGGCUGGGGGACCAAUUUCGCAUAUUGUGCGUGACCUGACGAACGAGGAUUUGAUGGCGAUUAAGAAUGGGUUGUUUGAGAUUCAAAAACACACGAAACGCAAAAGCUACAGCAUCCUUGUCGACGAAAAGUCAUACCCCUUCAUAAACUCGCGACACGUUUACUCCAGGCGGCUUUCAUCGCUCGGUGUUCAUGAGCACAACAUCUGGUAUGAUCGCGAGAACAAGCGAGUCUGUCUUCCGGAUCGGUCGGUGCUCCAUCGUCACUCUUGUCAAGAAGAUUUCAACAUUGAGCUUGCUGUGGUGCGCUCAGAGUUCUGGCCAAGGCUUGUGGAGGAAGCGUCUCGUCACUUCAGGGCUAAGGGGGAGGAAGAAGAACAAGAAUACUUGGCCCCCGCCGCGCAGAAGGUAACGUUGUGCUUUAGAACUCGCGAUGCGGGUGUCGACAAUGGAUGGACCAUGGUGGAUGUGGCAUCUAACUAG